CCCUGUUGUUGGAAACACCAGACCUCUGUCGGCCCAGAACAGCUGGGACGGCCUACCUCUGUCCUUCACCGUUGAGACUGUCCCCGAGUCUUCCUCGCCAUGUCUUCUCACAAAACCUUCAGGAUCAAGAGAUUCCUGGCCAAGAAACAGAAGCAAAAUCGUCCCAUUCCCCAAUGGAUUCGAAUGAAAACUGGUAAUAAGAUCAGGUAUAACUCCAAGAGAAGACACUGGAGAAGAACCAAGCUGGGUCUGUGAGGAGCUGUGCUUCAGCGUAUGAAACAUGUUACUGCCGACCACAGCCAGCUAAGGACACCACUGUCACUGGGCAGCUGACAUGUGAUCGAGUCAGUAAUAAAUGUGUGAGAUGCUUUGAAAAAACCAA